AUGACUACCACAUGCGCAGCAACCCAACCCCACAACGGGAAGAAGUCAGUUUGGGAUUUUUGCCCUUCGAAACCUGCCGCGUAUCUAUUUGUAGUCCUAUUCGCUCUCACUACACUUGGACACUUGGUUCAAACCAUCUACCACAGAAAGCCAUAUUGCUUUGUUCUUGUUAUAUCAGGUCUUUUACAGGUAGCGACCUUCGUCUUCAGGCUCAUCAGCAUAGAACAUCCAUCCAGCAGUGGUGCAUAUGCAGCAUACUUUGUACUGAUGAUUGCUCCUCUCUUUACAAAUGCAGUGGUGUAUAUGGUGAUGGGCAGAAUGACUUGGAAUUUCAUCCCUGAUGCGAAGUUGUACAAUGUCACCGCGUGGAGAUUCGGAACUUUGUUUGUCAUCCUUGAUAUAUUCGCGUUGUUCGUUCAAUUAUCGGGAGCCUCUUCUGCAGCCGGAGACAACAAAACCGAUGCGCAAAUUUUGAAGGGCCUCCACAUUUAUAUGGGUGGAGUUGCACUUCAGCAGAUAUUUAUCUUCAUCAUCUUGUUCUUCGCCAUAAAAUUCCACCGACUUGUGCUACAGCAAACACGCGAUGGAGCGGAGGGCAUGCAGAAGGCCUUGAUGCUACUGCAGAUUUUAUAUGCUAUCUUGGCAUUGAUCACCGUCAGAAUCAUUUUUCGACUUUUGGAAUAUGCAAAUGGACUAAACAGCAGUAUUCCGCAGCAUGAAGUAUGGCAAUACUGCUUUGAUAGUGCAUUGAUGUUCCUAGCACUUGUUCUGUUCAAUAUAGUUCAUCCUGGUCGAAUCAUGUCGGGAAAGGAAAGCAAUAUCCCAAGUCGAAAGGAGAGAAAGUUGAAGGGACUCUGCAACAAGCCUGGGAUCGGGAGAUCCAGAGAAGAUAUCGUUCUUCAAGAUACUUGA